UGAAAAAAUGGCUGAAAUCCAAGUGUGUGUGUGAACAAAAUUUGUAUGAGAAAAUUUGCGUGUAAAACAUAUACGAAAUAUAUCUUUGACUUCUACCGAAAAAGGCUUUCUCCCGUGCGCCAUUGUAGAUAGUUGAAACGAGUGUGCACACGAAAAUGCAAGUGUAUGAUUAACUAAUCGGCCAACAGAAAACGAAAAACGAAUGAUUGAUGCCUUCCCUUCGGCCUCUGCGGACUGCAAUUACAGACGGGUCACAAAAUUCUCUGGGCUCCCUCCUUGGUAAAAACUGAAAAUGAUGUAGCUGCAGAAACGAGAAAAGAAUAAAGGAGAAGAACCGCUGAACAGAACCGAAGAAAUAGCGGCAUAGAUGAAUAUUCAGCGAAAAGAAUAUUCCCUAUAUGUAAUACAAAACCGACUAUUCAAAGUGUACAUAUACACAUCUAUAACCUGAUAUAUACACAUACGCAGUUGCAUCAGCAUGCCUGACCGUGAUUCGGCUUCUGAUUCCGGUGAUUGCAGCCGUCGCGGAGGCGCUAAAAUGAAUCAGCAGCAGCAACAGCAGCCGUCUUGCAGCAAAAACUCUGCGCCGGAUAAGAGGAAUCGACGCAUCAUCAUGCGCAUCGAAUUCAAUGACUCUGACGACACUGACGAAGCCAACCCCCCCAACCCUGGCGAUGAUCCUGACCUUGACGCGAGACCAUCUUGCUCGUCGGCGGCCACGCGUUUGUGUCGCAGCAACCGCCGACAGCGUCGUCCACCUGCCAUCCAAGAUUCCGACUCGGAUGCCGUGCAAAGAAGAUCCACGCGCAAUCGAAGAACCCGCUAUGGACCACAAAGUGAUGACUGCUCCUCCAGCGGCAGUGAGAUCGAACAACGCCCCAAGCGAUUGCACGGCCAAAGCGGCAAGAGGAAAAAGCUAGAGUCCGAUGAGGAAGAACCAAGCGAAGAAGAUGAGGCCAAGAGGAGGCUCAGCCCCAGGCCUGCGCCAGCGGAGGAUCCCGGUUUCAGCUCCGACAGCAGCAGCAACGAGCUGUUGGAAAAGUGUCCCAUUUGUUUGUUUACCUUUCGGCAGCAGGAGAUUGGGACGCCGGCCACAUGCGAGCACAUCUUUUGUGCGCCCUGCAUUGAGGCAUGGUCGAAGAAUGUCCAAACCUGUCCCAUCGAUCGGAUAACCUUCGACAGGAUCGUGGUGCGAGACAACUAUACCGAUCGGAAUGUGGUGCGUGAGGUUCGCGUGGAUCUGAGCAAAUCAAAGACGGAACUGACCCUGGAGGAAGAGGAGGACGCGGAUGCCACUGUGGCCGAUGUUACCAACUGCGAGAUAUGCAACAGUCCGGAGCGGGAGGAUGUGAUGUUGCUCUGCGACAGCUGCAAUCAGGGCUACCACAUGGACUGUCUGGAUCCGCCGCUGCACGAGAUCCCCGAGGGCUCCUGGUACUGCGACGAAUGCAUCGACUCCAACGACGAGAAUUCCGAUGAUAACCUCGACCUGGCCGAGGACCUGAACAUGCUGUACGAGGACAUCCGCGGCAUGGGUCUGCCCGAGACGCGUCUGCGCGUGAGAGAGGUUCAGCAACAGCCAAGGAUACUCCGAACCCGCCAAAACGAACGCAUUCGCGCUGCUGUUUUGCGUCGCACCCGUGCCGUCACAUCAGCGGAGGCCGCCUCCGGCUCCACCACCACACGUACCCGUACCACCCGUACCACAACCACAACGACAACAACCACACGCACCACAACAAACCGUCGACAAACGACGCAGCGGCGAAGGCGUCGCCGCACACGCCAUCGCACCUAUGUCGUGGAGUACGACCUCAACAACUUUGACGAGAAGUUUGCCCUGAAGACGACCAGCAAGAAGGUCAUACGUCGUCGUAGGCGACGACGUCGUCGAGUGGUUGCCUCCGCCGACAGCGAUGAAACAGGCCGACGUCGUCUGACUGCCAGCAAAAGGCUGGCGGAGCAGCUGGGCGUCAAGGCGGAUGGUCUGCGUUCGUAUCUGAGUGGGGGAAAUGCCUCCAGCUUCACGCUGUUUGGCAAUGCCAACGAUCUGGAGUACUUUUCGGACAGUGAGGCCGGCCAGGACGAUGCUGGAGCAGGAGCAGGAGCUGGUCUGGGCGCCACGGCAGUGCAGACGUCGGUGCGCAUUGCCAGCAUCGGCAAUCCUCGCACACGCAAGGCCCUGCUACAGGGCAAGGCGCGUACAGCGGCCACAACGUCAGGGUCAUCGGCCAGCGAUAUUCUGUCCAGCAUCUUGGAUUUGCAGGAUCGCUGGCAUGGGGCGACGCGCAACCUUAGCGAAGUGCAGAUCAGUGCCGAUGGGAGUCUGAAUCUGCCACAGCGUGUGGCAGCGCCAGCAUCCACUGCAGCAGCCUCAAAGCCACCCACGGAACCCAUCACCCAAGCACCGGUCUAUCAGCGCGGAGGCGCCGGACCCAACUUUAGUCGUGGCGGCGGUGGCGGUGGCUCUGGCAAUCGCUACGGUGGCAACAGCAAUUACAACAGAGGCGGAGGUGGUGCCGCUGGCAAUCAAUAUCAGCGGCACUCAACGGGCGGGGACAACGGUGGAGGCAGCAGUCAAGGCGGCAGCGGUUUCAGUCAGAAUUUCAACAAUAAUAACCAAGGGGGCGGCAACAACAGCAGCAACAACAACAACGUCUCCAGCUUUACGCCUUUUCAUCUGCGCUUUAACACGCCCAAUCGCCAGCAGCAACAGCAGCAGCAAAGGAACCAAAAUAUGCAGCAACAGCAGCAGGGAUCAAGCUCCAACACCUCGUCGUUUCGCGGUAGUGGUGCCAGCAAUCCCUCCGCUGUUGCAUCCCCAGCAACCAACAAUUUUUCACAAAGACCUCCACCGUUUCCCAUGACGCACAUACCAGCGCCUGUGAUGCCUGGGCCUGGUCCUGGCUCUGGUCCCGCUGUGGGUCGUCUAUCAAUGCCCGCAGUGCUGACUGUGCCACCGCCACCCACGCCACCGGCCAGCCUCUCGUGGAACAGUCCCCUCUUCAAGCUGAACACGGAUUAUGCUCAGCAGCGGCCAACAGCAGCAACUGCAGCGAAGACGACAAAGCUGGACGACGAUGAUGAUGAUGCCGACAACUGUCCAAACUUUUCGAUUUACUCGCAGGAGUCGCAGGCGGUGGCCAAUGCCACGUCACUGCCAAUUGGACCACAGCCAAGGCCUGCAGCCGAAGAGCCAGAUAAGGAGGACGAUGACAUGAAUGAGGAUUUAGUACAAUUAGACGAUGAUGAUGAUGAUGUUGAGGAUGAUGCAGCAGCAGCGCAGGAGGAUAACAGCAUACCAUUGCCCCCAGAAAAGGCCUCCGAUCUGUAUGAGCCGGAGAAUCCCACAGAAGAGCAGGAGGAAGGCGACUCCAACAUCGAUGGAGAGCCCAUGGAGGAGGAACGCCAGCCCCGAGCAGCGGCAGAACCCGAAACGGAACGAAUUUCGAGUAAUAGCAACUCUAAUCUGGAGCCAGCAGUCGAUGAAGAUGAGGAGACCAAGACGCACAGCACUCCCAGUCCCGGUCCUAGGGUGCGGGAUCGUGGCAGAGUCGAAAGGGAUAGAGGGAAGGGUGUGCUGGAGCUGUACGACGACAGCGACUGGGAGGAGCUGGACAUUGACAAGCCCAAAGAGUUUGAAAAGGCGUUGGAUGCCACAGAGGCAGCAGCAGCAGAGACACCGAAUGUGGCAGCCACGCCUGCCAAGAAGAAGCACAAGGAUGCGGGUGCAGCAAGAAAUAGAAGCAGCAGUGAUCGAGAGCCAGAUCGUUCGUACACGCCCUGCCUGGAUGAAAAAGGAGUCGAUGACGAUGACGAGGGGGCCUCUGCAGCGAGCGAACAGCAGCGUGCCGGUGUCUCCACUAGCCCCAAGACUCCAUGCUCCAAGUCCAGCGACGACGAAGAGAAUGCAGAGCAAGAACCGCCGGAGAACAUUGACACGGAGCUCAUUUCAGAGGAUGAUUUGGCCAACGAGAACGAUUCGAAGCAGAGACGCAGUCGCAGUCGUAAACGCAGCGAAGGCGAAGGGGGUGGAGCUGCUGCCACCGCUUCCGCUGCCACCUCCAAGGAGCCGCCGAGGGAAAACGAUAGCAAAUCGAAGCGUUCGAAGCGUGGCAAGGACGAGACCUUUAAGAAGGUGAGCAAGCGGCCCAAAGAGCGCAACUAUCGCGGCGAUAAGCAGACGGACGAUGCACGCAGCGGCUCCCGACGACGCACAAAGACACCGCGAAGAAGUUCGCCGGCGUCCAGGAGUCCCCACUCGCCUAGGGGAACGCGGAGUCCACCGCAACCCCACAGCCGCAGCCGCAGUCGCAGUCCUAGCAGAAGUCGCAGUCGCAGCCCCAUUCGGAGUCGUAAUCGACGCAGGCCGCGAGGCAGCCGCUCCAAGUCCUACUCCAGAUCCCGUUCCCGCUCACGCUCCCACUCGAAUGGUCGCCAUGGACGUUCCUUCCGUGGGCGCGACUUCCAGCGCGGCCAAUUCCAGCGUGGCCGUGGCAGCCUGCGCUUCAGCUACAACAACCGGAAUCAGCAGCAGUUCCACACUCGGCCGUACCAGAAUGUGUACGCUCAGGGCCACAAUCAGAGCCAGAGCCAGAGCCAGAACUAUUUACACAACAAUCAGAGCAGCCAGUACCACGUGCAGAACCAGAACCAAAACCAGAGCCAGAGCCAGAACUUAUAUCAGCGACCCAAGCGACGGGAGCUGGCACGCUACGAUGUGCGCAAUGUGGUGGGCGCUGGGUCGCGGCAUCAUUUGCCCGUGGCCAAGGAUCGUUAUGGCCGUGAUGCCAUGCGUGCAGCCAGGAGUCGUUCUGGCGGCAGCUUCGAGCGUCGUCGCUCCUCCCACAGCCCUGCGUUCUCGCGCAGCGGCUCCCGUGGUGGUGCACCCUCCAGGUCCCGCUCGGCAACGCCCAAGCGGCUGCGCAGCUUCAGUAUAUCGCCCUCUCCGCCGCCUGGCACUUCGCCACAUCGCAAGCAGCAGCGUCGCAGGUCCAUGUCGCCAGGACCAGGACGCCGCUAUGUGCGUUCCCCGUCGCUAUCGCCACCCAAGCAGCGAAGGGACUCACCGCCCAUGCAUCCGAUGCAUGCGAUGGAUCGCGGACAUAGUCCCAUUUCGCUAAGAUCUGGCUCCCACACGCCCACGCGAGUGAAUGGUGGCCGUAAUAUGGCGCCACCGCCCGUGUACCAUAAUUCACCGCGGUAUACGCCACGAUUGAGUCGCAGUCGGACGCGUUCGAAGAGCCCCAAGGCGGUGAUCAAGAAGAAAAAGAAGAAAUCGGACAAGAAAAAGAAGAACAAGAAGCGUGCGGCCAGCACUAGUCCGACAACGGCCGCUCGAAUGAGGCGUAUCUCGAGACAACGCGAUCCGUUUGAGGAUGCCGAUGAUUUCCUGGCGCCACAAAAGAAGCGACGCCACUCACCGCCCAUCAGCAAGGGUGUGCCGGCGGGCAAUUGGUCGCCAUCGCCCAGCCUGUCCGAUGAUCACAUGAAGUUCAUUCACGAUGGCGGGGAUAAGAACUCCUCGUGGACACCGCCCUUGGGUUCGCCCAAGGGCAUGCUUGGCCAUCCCGGCGGCCACUAUGCGGAUGAUGGGCGACGCAGCCCCACGCCUCUGGGCGUUGGCAAGAAGGCGAAACGGAAGCGGGACAAGAGCAAAAAGAAAAAGAAGCCAAUCGACAAGCUGCAGCGCAAGGAGAAGAAGAAUCGCAAGCGUCGCACGCAGACACCGGAGCCAAUACCCUCGAAGGAGGUGUUUGCCUCGGGCAACAACAUUCUCGUGAGCGUUAGCUUCAACAAGGAGCCAGCCAGCGGCACGAAUGCGAGUGCCUUGCAGCAACAGCAGCAGCAGCAACAGCAGACGGUGGUAACCAUGCCGGCCAGGCAUGAUGACCUUCUAGCGAAUCGUUUGACCGGCUCCUCCAUGGAUCGGCUGCUAAGCAACGCCAGCGUGAAGCCAAAGCUGAAGAAGGACAAGACCCGCAAGCGCAAAAAAUUGGAUGCCAAGCCGGUGGCCAUCAUAGACCUGGAACGCUCCCCGUUCCAAGUGCAUCAGGAGCCCGCGGAUGUGAUUGUGCUCACGGACAGCGAAGAUGCCAACGAGGCGCCGCCGCCGCAUCCGAUGCGCAGGGACAGAGAUAGCAGAGAACAGCAGCAGCAGGAGCAACAGCAGCGGGAUCGACACCAGAGGCGACGCGGCAGCGGAGUGGCCUCGCCCGCGGAGCAUCACGAUCUGAUGCGGGAGAACGGUCAGCGGGAGAAGACGCCACAGGCUGAUUCGCUGGCCACGAUUAUGGAGACUUCCUCGUACGAGACACUGCAGCAGACGACAGGCCCCAAGACCCCGCCAGAGCCACCAAUUGUCAAGUUCAAUCUACCUGCCAAAAAAACGCACAACGUGCGCAACAAUCCCCUGCACGAGGAUGCCGAUGACAUCAAUUCGGCGGACGAGCUGGAGGCUGCAUGUUCCUCCAGGGAGUUGCCUGGCGCUGGCAUCGCUGACCACGACAAUGACGAUGGACAGCAGCAGCAGCCGCAUGGCCAUAGCCACGAGGGCGGCACUCAGAAGAUCGGACCGAAUACGCCGCCAGAGUCGGGACCCUGCUCACCGGAUGCUUACGAUCCGUUUGAGCCGACCAAGUCGCCCUCCCUGUCACCGCGAUCACCGACGCCCACACCCACACAAAACUUAGAGCAGGCACUACCCAAUAGCUCAGGUUCUGCAGGUCCAGGGGAUAAAUCCGACAGCGACAGCCACAGUCGCAGUCGCAGCCACAGCCUGGCGCCGACAGCCGUCUCGAACAGCACUGGAACGCAGACACAGACACAGACGAGCGGUGCCAUCAAUCCCGUGGAUCUGGUGAUGGCGCUGAUGAACAAGCCGAACCAAAGCAACAACGCCAGCAGUCAGCAGGAGAAGGCCGGCGGCAAGGCCUGCGACGUUGUCACCUCCACGCAGUAUCUUGGCAGCGGCAGUGCUGCGAGUGCGGGCGGAAGCGGCGGCGAUGGAGGCCACGACAAAACAAAUGCCGAAGGCAAUACCAUUACGGUCCUCUCCAAUGUGCUGCUCUCGGGCAGCAGUGUGGUGUCCAGCUCCCAGCAUAUACCGGUGAUUUCUAGUCCAACGCCGCUGGCGAAGAAGCUCACGCCGCUCCCGAAGGCGGGCGGCGGCAGCGUGGCUAGCAGCAGCAGCUGUGGCAUCGCCAAUCUGCCCACCACAAGUUCUGGCCUGCGCAACGGCGGCAGCAGCGGAAACGCAGCGAGUGCAACGGUUAACGCACUGGACGACUCCUUUACCAUGGAUAUCGAGAGCCCAUAUUCACCCGGAUCGGCGGACUAUGAGGAUCUGUUCGAGCCGCCGCCGCAGCAACGCUCUAAGGGUGGUGGCGGUGGUGCCAAGACGGAAAUGUUCGACAAUCUCUUUGGCAGCACCUCCCCAGUGGGCAAUACAGCCAGAAUGUCGCGCUUCAAGAAAUCCCAAAGGGGAAAUAACAAAGGCGAACGUAAAUCCAGAAAAGGUGGCAAAGCAUCGGACGAUCAUAAGGCGGCAUACGAUGAUCUGCCCAAUUCGGCAACGGAUCUGCAAAAUAAGGAUAGAUUUUUGCGUAAGCUGAACCGACAGGAGAGAGUCGUUGAGGAAGUGAAAUUGGUAUUGAAGCCGCACUUUAACAAGAAGGUGAUUACCAAGGAGGAUUACAAGGACAUCAUGCGAAGGGCUGUGCCAAAGAUCUGUCACAGUCGGUCUGGUGAAAUUAAUCCACACAAGAUUAAAAAUUUAAUUGAUGCCUAUGUGAGGAAGUUCCGCGCGAAGCACAAGAAAUUGAGUCUCCUCAACACGGGGCAGGUUAGCAGCGCCGUCAAGUGUGCCGCCUAUUUAAAGAAGCUAUAAGCAGGAUAACCAGAGAGCAAUUAAGCAGCGUCUUGGAUGCGGCACAUUUUUGGGCUGGAAACAAACGAAACGAAACAAUUUAAGCGGUCGCAUGCAUUCCUAAACGUUCAAUCAUCAACAAAAUAUUCACCGGCCGCACUCGCAAAAU